CAGACGGAGAGAGAGAGGGAGGGAAGAGAGGGGAGGUGGGGGAGAAAAAAAAAUGCAGCUCGGACAUUCCCAGGCUGGGAAAUACAGCAGAGAGUGUUGGAGGGGGAAGAAGAGAGGAGGACUGUUGUGUUUUUUUUCUUUCCUCCACGCUCUGAAAUCUUACAAAAGAUUUGAAAGAAGGGAUCCAGAGAGGAGGUAACGGAGGUAGUCUGGUUCUAACCGGGAGCAGAAAGUUCAACAGAGAAUGUGGAGAGGAAGCGAAUCCAGGAAAGGAUCUGAGGACGAUGUAGGAAUUCCUGACUGAAGUCAUGGGUUCGGAGGCAAUGGAGGACUGUGUGCAGGGGGCGCUGUCGUCGCUUUACCCUCCGUUUGAGAGCACGGCGCCGCCCCUCCUCUCACAGGUCUUCUCAGUCCUGGAGUCGACCUAUCAACACGACAGUCUUCGCUACCUCCUGGACUACUUCGUACCUGCCAAGCACCUCCUGCACAAACUGCAGCAACACGCCUGCUCUCAGUAUCUGGGCUGCUUGUUCCUUCACUCCGGCUGGCCUCUCUGUCUGGGCGAGAAGGUGGUGGUGCAACUCUCCACCUUGGACUGGAGGCUUCUGCGCUGCAAUGACUUCUACCUGCAGGUGGUGCCCUUCUCUACGCGGUGCCCCAGACUGGCCCUGAAGUGUCUGGCCCCUGGGGGGCGCACUGUUCAGGAAAUCUUGGUGCCUGAGUCGCAGCACCCCCUUGUGUUCACCACUGAGUGGCUGCACAGUGUUAACAAAGAACGGGGUCACAAAAGAGAAGUCGGAGGAGGACUUGACACCUGUCUGGUCAGCACAUGUGAUGGUGUGGUCAGACUUCCAUGGAAGGAGGUUGUCUACCCAAAGUUCAUCCAUGACCCUUCUGAAGAGCUGGGCCUGAUGUCCGACCGCGAAGGCCUCUUAUCCAGCCGCCUGCCCAGUGAGGGGGGCAGCAGCCUUGGUGGCUGGGGUGGUUCAUCCUCUGGGGAACUAGACUCCUGGUCCUGGGAUGAGGAAGAGGACGAUGAUUUACCACCAGAUGGCCUGGACUCUGACCCUGCACUCCCCCGACGAAGGCGCAGUGAAGAUGGGCUUGGGCGGACAGCGAGGCACCCUCAGCUGGACGGGGAUUAUGUGGAGCUUUUGGAACCCAGAGGGGGUCCUGAUGGAGGGGUUGAUCCCAGGCAGAGGUACCUAGAGAUGCACGGGAUCUGUAAGACCAAGACUUUACCCCUGUGCAGGAGAAGUAAGGCUAUCAAGCUCCGCAAAGGGAAAGCUUGGGGAUACGGGAGAACAGAAAGGUCAGGAAGCUUUCGGGCUAUUCUUGGCACCAAAGGAGACGUGGUGACCUCCAAGGGUGACGUAGCGCCACCACAGCCUCCAGCAGGAGCCGCAGAAUCUGGCAGAGGGAGGCGGUGUUACUCCUCCUCUGUCCACGACUCUGAUGAAGGAGAUAAAUCAAACAGAGACUCUGAGGGCCUAGAAAGGCAUCGUCUUUACUUUGAUGGCCCGUUUAAAGAGAGGAGGCCCGGCGUGGGAAAGGAGAGAGAUAGCAACGGCCUCACGCAGCCGAGCAGAGAUGACCACAAAAGUAAAGACUCCAAGUGUAGUGACGGUUUGGUCACAAGUGAAAUCCACGACUUAGCAAACCACAAAGGCGGACAUGUUGUAGAGGGCCACUCGGAUCAUGGGUCUCAGUCCGACUCUGUUUUUGAAGACACUGAUAAACCACUGAGCGGAGACAGUGAUGCUACCACCCCGACGUCAGACGCACCGGAAAGACCGUUCACUGGAGUCUUGGAAAGUGGAGAGAUUAGCAACAGUGGGUCCAAAACGAAGAGCUCGUCCAACCCAAAGGUGGCCGAUGAAAGAGGUGAAGGAAAGACGGAGGACAGAGUGUGUCCCAGAGGAAAGGAAGUGAAAACGGCAGGAUUCAGAGCGCCAAGGAGGAAAAGGAAGGGAAAGGGGGCCAAAGGGAGGGCUAGGUCCGGCGGCAGAGUCAACCAGAAAGCCUCGAAACUGCAGGGUAAAACUCCUCAACCGAGCCCCACCACUUGCUCUGCUCCGGCAAAGCUGCCCGUCGCCGAGGAGAACCAGUCAGAAAAAACAGAACAGGACGCCCAAGCUGAUGGAGUGCCAACUGCAACCGAUAAGGAGACGGAUGAUACAAAGAAGAGCAGCGCAGAGACAGAAGCCGAACCAUUGCCGGUGUGUAACGGCCAGUCGGGCGCAUCCUUCUUCAACCACUCGAGUGAGAAGGCUGAGUCAGCAGAAGCAUGUCCUGACCAACAAAACUGUGUUACAUCCAAAGAGCCGGCCCUGCUGAGGGAGCUGGAUGCAGAGCUCCUCCAGACGGGAAGGCUAAAGCUGACAGGUACGGUGGACCGGCUGGGGCGAGCGCUGGUUUUCAUGGAGACAAACACAUCAGAGGAGGGUUUGUGUAGGGAGGAGAUGGCUCGAGUCCUGGCCUGCUACCACAGAAUCACCCGGCCUGCAGCCAAAGAAAAGGGUCUGACGGUGUUAAUGGACAGCAGGCGCUCCUCGCCCUCCGCCCUCUGCCUCUCUGCACUUAAACUGUUCCAGGUGUUGGUCCCCGGCGGUCUGGGAUCUGUUUUGGUUCUGGUGGAGGAGCAGCAGGAAUCUCUUUCUCAGACUCUGGAGGGAGCAGAGGUCCACAUGGUUCAGGGAACAGCCGUCCUCCAGCAGUACAUCGACAAGCAGCAGCUGCCCACUGACAUGGACGGAGACUUCAGCCACUGCCACUCAGACUGGCUGGCCUUCAGACUGAGUCUGGAGAGUCUGACGGAGCGCUGUGAGAGCGCCCUCUCUCUGCUCGGGGAAGCACUGCAGUCCAUGGACGCCGAGCCGAUGCCAGACAACAUCAAGGCUGUUCCUCAGAGCAUCGACACCCACAGACAGCUGAUGGUGAGCGUCCUCGCCGACCAGCGCCUGACGGAGCUGCAGCAGAGGGGCGGAGCCUGGCUGGCCGGACUCACCAACAGUGCAUCCGGAUUGGCUCAGAAGUCACCAGACUGCAGAGCUGCUCUCGCUGCCACCUCCAAGCUCUACGACAGCGUGGACGAUGCUCUCCAUCGGCUGGUCCGGGUGUCCAACCAGAGGGGACGCGACCUGGACGCUCUGGGACGGCUGGCAGGGCUGGUGGACAAACUGGAGAAGUGUGAUAAGGAGAUUGAGCAAGUCCAGUCCCAGCUGGAGGACUACAGGGACCCUCCCCUGUCGCUCAGCAGACUCUCGCUCAAGCAGCAGAAGUUCAAGACGUUCAGAGAAACGGCCAACGAGCUGCACAGCGAGACUCUGUCGGUGCUCAGCGACUUGGAGGGAUGGUGCGAGCUGGACUGGGCAGGGCUGAGCGACGUCCAGAUCCGCCUUCCUCCGGUCAGGGAGCGGCUGAGAGACAUGUCCCACUGUCUGUCCGACUGCUGGACCACGCUGGACAACACCCAGAGGCUGCUGUCCACCCUGACGGAGGCGACCCAGUGGUGCGACGCCGUCUCCACCACCCCCUCCUCCCCGUCUCCCUCCUCCCCCACCUGCCCUCUGGCCUCCCUCCCUCCCAUCCCGCCGUCCCGUUUCCAGGACGCCCGCUCCUUGGCCAUCGAGCUGGGCGGCGGGCAGCUCCUGGAUCUCUGGACCCAGACAGUGGAGCGCUACCAGCGGACCGUGGCGCAGGUCAAACCCCGCUUCCUGCAGUCCGACAGGACGCAGCACCAGAACCAGGGGAAGCCCAAGACCCCCUCUGCCAGCAGCCUGUGGGACCUGAUGGGCCCCGAGGGGGAGGGCGACUGGGGGCUGGGAGCUGGAGGAGGGGACGGAGGGCUGCAGUCGUGGGGGUCUCUGGCGUCGCUGUUCAGGCCCCAGACCUGCUCCACGCUGAAGAUCGGAGAGGAUAAAGGGAAUAAGAGAGACGGAGCAGGAGGAGGAGGAGCAGGAGGAGCUGGAGGAGGAAAGUUUCUGCAGAACCUCCUGAAUCCUGCAAAGAAGAGCCCCACCGAGGCGCCGCUCCCGCCCAAGCCACCCCGGAAGCGCCACCCAAGCUUCGACCUCCAGGCCCUCCUGGCGCCCCGCAGAGGAAACGCCACCCCCAAACCGGCCGAGUCCCCCGUGGGCGGGCCGAGCCGUAACUCCCCCAUGUCCUGGCUGGGCCGGCGGGCGGUGGCUGACCCGGUCAUCACCACCAGCAUGGCUGCGGCCAUCCCCGGCUGGGGCAGUGCAGGAGGAGGCGGAGGAGGUGGAGGGGUGCUGAUCCGAGGCGUGGAGGUCAGCAGCAAGGAGGUGGUGGACCACACGGGGUCGCCACGGCAACACGUCCUGCUGGGGAGGACGGACCGGGAGACGGGGACGGACAGGGCCGGGUCCAAUGCACAGAGUAAGCUCUACCUGCUCUGGUGCAGGAUGCUGAGCUCGGAGAGGCAGUAUGUGACCGUCCUGAGGGGGGUGGAGGAGACUUAUCUGCCCCUGCUGGAGCUCUCGGACACCCCGGCCUCCAUCAGGGGGAAGGCUGACUCGCUCUUCCCCAACUGGGCCAGCCUCGGCAGCUUCCACUCGCAGAACCUGCUCCCCGCCAUGGAGGGCGCUCUCGUGCAGAGCUUGUUGCAACAGGACUGCUUCAGCAAAUACCGGGAGCAGUUCCUGCAGUAUUCCCACUACAUCAGGAACAAACCAGAACUGGACUCCCCUCUGGUCACACAGGCCGCCGACUUCUUCAAGUCCAAACUGCCCCUGUCCUCCCCCCUCUCCCCCCUGUCCUUCCCCCACUGCCUGCAGGCUCCCAUCCAGAGGCUGGAGCAGUACUGCGAGGCCCUGGAGGAGCUGGGGGGGAUAAACCCCGCCUCAGACUCCGCCCUCUCCACCCUGAGACACGCCCAGCGGCACGGCGAGGACCUCCGGGCCAGUGACCUCAUCGUCGGAUGUCCGAUCCCGGUGGCGGAGCGAGGCGAGCUGGUGCGCCAGGGCGAGCUGACGGUGUGCGGAGGCGGCCGGAGGAAGCGGGCCGGCGUCAGGAACGUUUUCCUCUACCAGCACAUGGUCAUCUUCACCAAACAGAAGAGUCCUGGUCCGGGACGCACCGCCUACAGCUACAAGCACAGCGUCAAGACCAGUGAGAUGGGUCUGACUCAGAGCGUUGGUGAAGACGGACUGAAGUUCGAAGUUUGGGUCCGAACAGCUCUGAAAACCAAAGACUGCAUUACGCUGCAAGCCCAGGACAGGGAAGGCAGGCAGGCCUGGACUCAUGACAUCGCUCAUCUGCUGUGGACGCACGCCAUCAACAACACAGAGUUGUGUCUGAAGGAGUCUCUCUGCAUGGGAAUUUCCAGUAAGCUUCUGCUGGAUGCAAGUGGAACUCAAGGUUCAGAGCUGGACUCCAUCUACAGCCUCAACGACAGAGUCCACAGUAGCUGCUCAGACUCCUCCUCUGUCGGCAGUCAGAAGGAGGGGGGAUCCCCGGCGUCUGGGAGGGACCCCAGGAGAAGCUCUGGAUCAACAAGCUACUCACAGAGUCAGUCUCCCUCCACAGCUGUGUGACUGUCAUCUCAAUAAGAAAACUGGACUUUUUGAAGCUUUAAACAUCUCCAUUCCACCUCUGGGGGAGCCGAGCUGGAGUUCGAGGAGCAAAGGAGACAAAAGCGAGACCCUCCGACUCUGUUUGAACUUCUCCCACAUGCUUGCUCUCCUUCCCCGUUUCCCCCCUUGUUCCCCUUCACCUCCUUAAAAUAAAUAAAAUGCCAGCAGAUUAGGCGGAGCAGCACAGCGCUGCUUUCUAAACCUCCCAGCUCUGAUAUGACCCCCCCAAAGAAAAGCUGCAUCCAAAAAGGAUCAAAACUGCCCUGUUUAAACCAUGACAAGCACCAGCAGGGCUCUCUGCGCUCCGCCAUUUUGGAUCUGCCAGUCUCAGUUGCUGGCAGAGUCAUUGACACCAAAGGCACUUCAGCCACACAGUGCGGCCAUUGUCUGCCCCACGGCUCCCCACUAGGCCAAACCACUUGGUCUGAACCACUGACUGCCUGGCUGGCUGACUGUACGCAUCACAUGCUCCAGCAUCUGAUAAUAAACAGGAAGUAAUAUGCAGGGCGUAAAUCCACCGUAGGAUUGCAGAUUUAGAAUGUAUUAUGUACUUUGUCAUUUUCAUAACGCUGAAUGGAGUACUGUAGGCUUUAUUUUCCUGCCUGUGUAAAAAUGCGUGGCAUAGCUAGGUGUGAUUGCAUCUAUGUAAAUUAGGCAAGGGUGGUGUGAGCAUGCACACACACACACACACACACACACAGAGUGACACACACAAUGUCCCCCCAACACAUGCAGUCACUCUUAUUGUUAUAAGACAGUGGAGUACUGUUCACAUUCACAUGCUCACACAGUGGCCGUGGCCGGUUUAGAGCCUGGCACAGCGGCCACAUCAACGACAGGCAAGGUUCCAUCUGAACACGUACAGUAAAGCUUUGCCUUGAUGAAGAACAGGAGUGAUUUACACGAUCAUAUCUGACUGCUAUACAGUCUGUUCAUGUGUUUGUUUAAGCUACUUGUUCUUAUUAACAGUGGCAAGAAUUUAUAGGACAAAAUGGUAUUUAGUCUUCUUUAAAGUGUAACUUAUAUCAACAACAUCUUGGUGCCUUAAAAUGUUCUGCAGUGUACUGAUAAGUUUUGAUAAUGAAUUUAAUGCCUUUCCUUUUUAAUAUAAGAUGCCAUAGUCUAUAUACCAAAGGUAUAAAAAGGGUGUCUGUGCAAUGCUGA